UGAAUAUAGUGCAGGGUAACAGCUGUGAUACACGACUAUUAAAAAAGUGAAUAUAGUGCAGAAGAGACUGUUUAAAAUGAAUAUAGUGCAUUAUUAUCUGUCCUGUAGUAGACCGUCCUCCUUUGUCCCUUACAGUCUGUUAUCAGUAAGGGUAUUUUUCACAACCUAGCAAAAGAAACAUUCUACUUAAUUGAUUAUAACACAUUUGUCUAGCAAUGGUAAAUUACUUAUUAACCAAUAAUAGAACCAGUAUUUACAACUCAUUAACUCUUUAUAAAGGAGGCAUUUUUAGAUUGGCACUUUCAUGUAAGCCUAAUAUUUGUAUUUAGUUUUUUUUCCCUGAAUAAUGAUAAAAUAAAAAAGUAAUUAAAUAUUUAUCUAAGUAUUUGUAUUCUGUUAAUCUCAAUACAGAAAUCCAGUUUUAAUUUAAUUUCAUUUAAUUACAUUAAAAUUGGAAUAUUAUUGCAAGUGUUUAGAGGAAUCAGAGGGGGAAAAAAACUGCUCUCCUCUUGACCGAGGACAGCCGAGCAUCUCCGGGAACAGCCGAAGCAUGGAAACGAGACUCCCGUUUAUUGUGUUGUACUUCCUGGUCCAAUUAUAACACUGUGCUGUAUUCCUCCAUGAAGCACAGCCGCUCUGCCUCCCCUUCACUUGCGUCCUAACGACGGAUGGGAGCAGCGGAAAACAGCGGAUGUAGCUUCACUAUUAUAUUAUUGAUGUUUGCAGACAUCCGCAGGAAACCCGUGUUGCCAGAUUGUGGCCGAUUUAGACGCAACUCUCGUUUGGAAAUUACAUUUUCUUUUGUCUGCGCAGCUGGCAUCAACAUUUUGAUAAGUAAACACGCUGGCCUGCAUGCGCUCUUAUGAUUAGAGGCGAGGUUGAGAUUUCUAUCUCAGAUUGUCCUCGAUUGCAAGUUUGAUUUUUUUUACUUUUCUAGCAGAGGAACUGUGGGCUCCAAAUGGCGUCAGUCUCGAAGGUGUCUAUUCUGGAUUACUUUAAUAUUGUGUUUGAAGGUGAAAAUGGCAAAAUCGAGUCCAACUGCAAGGCUUGUGGCACCAGGAUCCAGGCAAAGAGGAGUGUCACGUCCAACUUCGUAACGCAUCUCAAGCGGAAGCACCAGGCUAUGUAUGAUGACUUUGUGAAAAGGAAGGAUAUGAAGAGAGAGGGUUACUCCUCUGGCUCCCUGCACACUUUCACCACAAAUGGAGGGAAUACCCGCUACACCCAACCCAUCAGUCCUCGAGUGGGAGGUGGAGGAGGUGUUGGAGGAAUGGGAGCUCUUGAGGGAGGAGUAGGUGGAGGAUCUGGAGGAGGGGUGACCAAGUUUGACAGACAUGACCCACGUCAGGUUCUGAUCUCCGAGGCCAUAGCUAAGAUGAUAGUGCGUGAUCUGCAGCCGGUGUCCAUAGUGGAAAAUCAAGGCUUCAGAGAGCUGCUUCAGCUCCUGGAGCCACGUUACACCCCUGAGCCCCAGCACUACAUCCAGAGCCAGCUGCUCCCAGCCUACGCCUACCAGGCCCAGCUAGCAACCCGUCAGGCCCUGGCAUCAGCGCAGGCCCUCAGUCUCAGCCUGGAUCUCUGGAGGGGCUUAACUGGAGCCACUUCAGGGUACCUCGGUGUCACCUGUCAUUUUCUGACAUCUGAUUGGCAGAUGCGUUCAGCUCUCCUGGCGUGCCUUCCCCUGACUGGAGGCAGCUCUGGGAAUCGCGUGCUUUCAGAUUUUGAUGAAGUAUGUCACUCUCACGGCGUGUCCGGGAGAGCGUUUCGUGUAGUUGCGGACCCUUUCCUAGCAGCUGCAACAACAACAACAGUAAAGCCGUGUUGUCUUCCCGGUUUCCUGGUUUCACCUCCUUUUGCUAACGGGCAGGACGAAGAAGAAGAAGUGGGCAAUGGUAACAAUGUGGAGGAAAGGAUCAAGAAUGGCCAUGGUGAGGAAGGAGAGUGGGAGGACUCAUGGGAGCAGGGUCUCGGUGUUUGUCGAGUGGACUGUUUCUCCCGCUCUCUUGAACAGUGCGUCAGAGAGGGGUUACGCUCCUGUCCACAGGUCACCUCCACAUUGGCCAAGGCUGCCUGUUUCUACAACUACAUUACCUCUGCUGUCCCACCGGAGAAACUCAGCCAGGUGUUUGAUGGUCCUGGGUUGAGCCUGGGGGCACCAGGAAAUACCCCUCCUGCAGCAAGAGACUGGGCUGCUCAGCUUAAGGUGCUGCGGCGGCUGCUGGACUCAGUGGAAUUCCUGGAGGAGGUAAGUGGUCCGGGGGAGCUGGCGCUGGGUGGUUCAGAGAGAGCCCUGCUGAGGGAACUCACUGACACUUUGGAGCCCUUCACCGAGGCCUGGGACAUGGUGCAAGGGGACAGACAGGCAGACCUGCAGACAGACAGACACGUGUCCAUCAGCCUGGCUCUGCCGUGCGUGCUGGGCCUUCGUAAGCAUCUCUCCGAGACGUCGACCCCCCACUGUCCCUCUCUCCUGGCGGGCCUCAGCCAGGCCGUAGAGCGUCGUCUGGCCCCGGUCCUGGAGGACCCUCUCUACAUCACUGCCACCACCCUGGACCCCCAGUUCAAGCUCACUUGGAGCAGCAACCCUGACUGGCACAGACAAGUUCUCAUAGAGGAGUUGUCCAAACAUUCCUCCACAGCCUCCAGCCCCAUAGACUCCAACACAGACCUUCAUCCUCAUUCCCAGACCCCUCCCGCCCCAGCUCCAUCACCGAUCUCCUCGCUUUCCCGGCCCUGUAAGCUGUUCUCUUUCAUCAAGCAGAGACCCACGACGCAGGCCAAGAGCCUGGAGCAGGAGUUGGCCGUCUACCUACGAGAGGAACCAACGGACGAGGAGGCUUUGCAUUACUGGCGGCGUAAAGCGAUUGACUUUCCUCUGCUUGCCCAAGUGGCCAAGAGGGCGUUUACCAUACCUGCUUGUGGCACCGUAGUGGAGAGCAUUUUCACCGCUGCCGGGCGCGGUCUGCGGCCAGAGAGAGGCCGCGUCUUACCAAAGAACCUGGAGACGCUCAUCUACCUCAAAGCAAACUACAUAUUAUUAUGGACUUAAAAGCUAGGAGUCACGCAUUUCUUUUACCUAAAUAGCAACUGAAGGCUUUAUACCUGCAGUAAAGUUACUUCUUGGUUCCUAACCUCUCUUUUCUCUCUGAGGAAACUGAGCUAGCAACAUAACAUAGUCCUCAUACUACACAUCAUUUUGACGUUAGAUGAAAUGAAUUACAGAGGCUCCGUUUCCAGACUGCAGUAGGUGUGGAUUGCUGUCUGUUUACCAUGUAGCCUGCAUACGGACUAUCAUACCACAGCUAUGGACCGAGGGGACUAGCAGCAGAUCAAUACUAAAGCAUUUACUUUGACAUUAUUUUGCCAGGUCCAGGGUCUUCAGACAACCGCAAGACCACAAAGCCCCCACUCUCUAUCCUCCCAACCCCCAAACACAGCUUGUGCACUGACAUACCAACAAUAACCAAAUUGUCCAUUACUGCAUACUGUAGCAUUUGAUUUACUUUCACUGAUAUACAAUAACCCUAGAGGUUGCAUAAUCCACUGUUCUCUCUCUGUAUGUAUGCCUCAUCACUGGGACAUCAUAAUAAACAAGUUUAACUUCCUAACGCAGAGGUGCGUGCAGUUUGCAGAUGUGAGUGCACUCAUGCAUGCAUGCGUCACACCUUUUUUUUUUUUUGCCAAUGGGGAAAAGCUGAAAUCUGUUUAAUAUAUCUAAUAUUUGGACUCUAAGUCAUUUACAUUUUUCUCUGCCAGUCCUUUAUAACUCAGAGUCAGAGUGGAGGUCAAUUACAUUUUCGUUAUCAGCACUUUUUUUUUUGCUUUUUCAAUCAUUGUCCAAUUCUACUUUAGAACUUUUACGAAUUAAUAUUGGUUUGUACCCUGCUUCUGCUCCUGAAAACUAGCAGAAGAUGUGUGGAAGAUGUGGCACAACAUUGGCUUUUGCUUUGUCUGACCUCGCUGAAAUAUUUCGCUUCGAAGGGGAAACUGUGAACGUCGCAGUGUGUGUGUGUGUUUGCCUUAACGCAGGGACUCUGUUACUCUUGGCUGGGCCAGUGGGGAGCCAGGCCGGGUAAUUGUAUGUAAUUCCAUUACAGUUAAAUUUGAGUCAGCAGGCAGUCAGCAGUCACAUCCUACGCGGCCCUUUUCUCAAAGCCAGCUAAGCUUUAAAAAAAAAACCUUAUUAUUAAAGUGCUUAGAAAUAAAUGGCAGGAAAGGAAAUGCAGCUACUGCUCUUUAAUGCUACAUCAGAAGGCAUCAAUCAAUCUGAUGACUGACUGUGAAGGAAUUGCAAUAGAUGGUGAUUAUAACGACCGUCACAAGGAUUACAUCUCUUUUUCACUGCAAAAUGGCUUCAUCCCAGCGUUACUGUUUUUGUUGUAGCUGAAAACCACUUCAGAGAAAGUGUGUUAAUCUGUGUUAGAUACAAUGAGAUUCCCCUCCAUAGAUCAUAAUUAUCAAAGAUUGCUGUGAUCUUAAUGAUUAUCACCGCAGGACCUCUCUGUGGAUUUAGAUGUGUUGCUAGAUAUCCGUGUGGAUGUGUCGGCUUGUUUGGCUCUGAAAAGUGUUUUUUCUGCUCAUCCCCAUGGGUGUGUUGUUGUUUUGUGAGUGUAUGUGGAGCAGCUUGAAGUGUCUCUCUCUCUCCCUCUCUCCCUACCUCCCUCGCCCCCGGCUGUGACAGCUCAUCCAUUCGAGUUAGUCGAGCAGGCUGGGCUGCGGUCUUAUUGGUAAUUGCCUCUGAAAUGAAUUACUUGGCAGAGAGUGAGACUGAAGGAGGAAAGGAAAUUGUAAUUGAACUGCCCCGCUCCCGCCCACCCCUCUCCCUCAUGCCUCAAGUUAUUACAUCUGCAGUGCAGAAAGCCAUUUUCUGUCUACACAUGGACGCAAAAAAACACACACACACUCACAAAACCAAUUUUCCCCCUCCCACACGCAAUGGCCCCAGCAGAGGGCCA